AUGGCUUCUACUUUAUCUUUCGCUGGCCUCUCUGCCAAGCAAUGCAUCUCGCAAAAAGUCACCUCCGCUCGCCAAAGCCAAAAGGUGGCCAGAGUGUCCACCGUGGUCAAAGCGGCCGAUAAGGGUGGCCCGUACGGCUUGGGUCUCGAAAUGGCCAAGACGGCUGGGAAAUCCAUGCAAUCCGGCAAGGCGAAGGUUCCGUUAGCGUUGGAAGAAGGUGAAAUGCCGUUGAACACGUACAAGAACAAGACGCCGUUCACUGGUACCGUCAAGUCCGUGGAAAGAAUUGUUGGCCCGAAGGCGACUGGGGAAACCACGCACAUCAUCAUCGACCACGGAGGAAAGAUGCCGUUUUGGGAAGGGCAGUCGUACGGCGUUAUUCCGCCGGGGACGAAGAUCAACUCCAAGGGUAAGGAAGUUGCGCACGGUGUGAGAUUGUACUCCAUCGCGUCUACUAGAUAUGGGGACUCCUUCGACGGUCAAACUGCAACUUUGUGCGUUCGUCGUGCGACCUACUGGGACGAAGAGAAGGGCGCUGAAGAUCCGGAAAAGAAGGGCAUCUGCUCCAACUUUUUGUGCGACGCCACCCCGGGUACGGAAAUCAUGAUGACUGGCCCGACUGGCCAAGUCAUGUUGUUGCCGAAGGAUCCGUCCACCCCGGUCAUCAUGGUUGCCACUGGUACUGGUAUUGCCCCGAUGAGAGCGUACAUCCGCCGAUUUUUCGUUGAAGACGUCCCGAGCUGGAACUUCACCGGCUUGGCGUGGUUGUUCAUGGGCGUCGCCAACUCUGACGCCACUUUGUACGACGACGAAUUCCAAGAGUGCGUCAAACGAUUCCCGGGCCAAUUCAGAAUUGACUACGCCUUGUCCAGAGAACAAAAUAACAAGAAGGGCGGCAAAAUGUACAUCCAAGACAAGGUUGAGGAAUACAAGGACCAAGUCUUUGGCUUGCUCGACGGCGGCGCGCACAUGUACUUCUGCGGUUUGAAGGGCAUGAUGCCGGGUAUUUUGUCCAUGUUGGAAGGUGUGUGCAAAGAAAAGGGCAUCGACUACGAAGAGUGGUUGGAAGGUUUGAAGAAAAACGGUCAAUGGCACGUCGAAGUUUACUAA